AUGGUCGAUAUUAUAAAGGAACAUAUAACAUUAUCGGACGAUGAUAAUUCGUCCAUUUAUGUAGCUUUAAGUCCAGACGGAGAGCUUGCUGUGAAUUUUAAUUCUGAAACUUAUGAUCUUCAAGUUUACAGUUUAGAAAUUAACAAAGACAUUGACAAAUUAGAAUCCCGUGAAAUCAAAAACGAUGUUUACAACUUAGAAUAUAAUGAAAUUAGAAAUACUCAUCUUUUCACUAUAAAUGUUGAUCAAAUGAAAAUUAAUGCAUUUCCUACAAAAGUAGCGAUAUCUUUUUCUUUGGCCAUUUCAAAUUACGCAAAAAUCGGAAAAGAUUUAAUUGCAUUCAUAGCAUUAUCACGUUUUCAUGAUAAAGAUAUGAAAAAAGUUUGUGAAAAUAAGGAUGAGGUUUCGAAUGAAAAUUCUAUAGACCCUGAAAGAGGUUAUUCUAAUUCAGCGGAAACAUUUGUUUUUUCAACAAAAUCAAAAGCGCUCAUCAAAACAUCUGUAGAAAUUUGUGGUGGGGUUGUUAGAUUUUUGAAAAAUAAUUUUCCAAAGGAAGCAUAUCAAUCCACUAAUUUAAUUGUAAUGAACGCGUCUGGAAUUUCAAAAGUAUUCAUUCAACAUAAAAAACUGACAUUUAAUGAAAUAUCUCUACCAAAGAAAGCGAGUGGAAACCCUAUUUUUUCAAUUUCAAAGAAUGGCCAUUUAUUAGCAUAUUAUAGCGGUACAAAUUAUAUUUCGAUUCAUUUAAUGGAAAAUGGACUCAAGGUUGCAACGAAAGAAUUUAUUGAUGCAAGAAAAAUUCUCUCAAUUUCAUUUAUUAACAAUGAUGAAAAAUUAUUUGUUGUCACCGAAGAACCACUCCGACGAUUAAUGUUUGGGAUCUUUUUACCUUUAAAAAUGAUGUACACAAGAUUGUCGAUCAUUUUAAAUAUUUUUAGUUCUUUACAAAAGUCUAGUCAUUCAAUCGCUUGUUCAAAUGAAAUUAUACUCUCAUUCUUGCCUGAUAGCAUUCGUGCUUAUCGUGCAGAUAAACUUAUUCCAAAAUUUUCAUCACAAACUGAUGACUUUAAAGUCAUAAAGGAAUUUAACGUUAACGUUAAAAAAGAACCCUGGGUUUAUGAUCAACCAACAACAAUUGGUAAAAUUAAUAAAUCUUAUCUUGAUGAAAAGGAAACCAUACAACUUAUAAUUGGAGAAACAACAGUUCAAGUUUGGAGGAAAGAUUCUACAAAUAAAAAGGUUUUAGACUAUAUUUGGAUGAAUCACGAAAAUUUUACAAUAGUAUCUUUAAAGAAAAAUGUUUCUAAAUGUGAAUUUUAUUUACUUUUAUCAUGGACUGAUUAUAAAAAUCAAGUGCAUAAUAAUAUGAUUCAUUGGCCAAAUGAAGCUCAUGUCCUCAAAGACGCAUGUGUUGCUAUGGAACAUCUUUAUAAACGAAGAGACGAACCGGUAGGGACGAGAAACCUAAGCAAAUACAAAGAUUUGGUUGUAUGCACAGAAAGACUUAUUAAAACUUGCAUUAAAAACAAUCCGGAUUUAUGGAGUUUAUCUGAAGUACGAUAUGAAAUUAUGGCCAAUAUCAUCCGCUCAAAGAGUAAACCGUUGCUACAUAAUAUUCUAUUCGAUCAUAAAGAAGCAGUUCGCAAUAAACAAGAUAAAACGAAAGUUAGUCGUUUUUUGCAUAUUCCAAGGGAAUAUGAGUGGUCUACAAGAACGAAAGAAAGUGAUUUGAUGCUUGCUAUUAACAUAACUUCAGAUUCUAGUCGCAGGGAUACAGUUAUCGUCGCCAUGUUGCUCGAAUAUUAUUCAAAUAAUGCGGAAAAUGAUACGGGUUGGAUGUUUACAAUUACCAAGGCAUUUCCUUCGCUUAACAAUAGUAGCUUUGAACCUUAUUUGAAGGAAUUAUUAUACAAACCUUGCUUUGGAUCCAAAGAAGAAUAUGUAGAUUCAAAAUUUGUGAACCAAAAUGAUAAAGAAAUUAAAGCUAUCAUUAUUCCGCAAGCAUUUGCGGUCUUACUUUUAUGGUUUGAAUUUGUAAAUAGUACUGCAACUUAUAUUAACAUGAUUUUAAACAUUUUAAAAGCGAUUUGGCCAUUCCUAAUUUUUAUGUUUAUUGUGGUCAUUGCUUUCGGUCAUGCAAUGCAUAUUAUAUUAGAGGAUCCUAAAUUGAUUAGUUUGGUACCUAAUGGCAAUACAUUUGUGAUUAAAUCACCAAAUCCAGCAUUUGCAGACACGACAAUUGAACAAGUCAUUAAUCUUACGGAUCCGAUUGAGAACUAUUAUAGACAAUUUAUUCAUUCUGUUUUGGGAGUUUAUUUUUGGGUUCUUGGAAGAUGGGAUCAAUUAGAAGAAUGGGAUUUCUGGCCAAUUCAUGUAAUUAGUAUAGGUAAGAAUUUGUUUAUCGCAUUUAUAACUGGUGUAUAUGAUAUUGCAAAACUCAAUGUAAAAUUAGCGGUGUUAGGUUAUAGAGCCGAUUUAAUUGCUGAUUAUGAAAUGGCAGACAAAAUAAUUGGUGGCCAUAGAGGGAAUCCGAGAUAUAUUUAUUAUGUUGGAAGUUCAAAAUAUCAAGAUGAAUGGAUGGAUAAAGCUGAAAAAAAGAAAAAUUCGACUCAGCCUUACUGCUCCAUUUUAAGAGAAAUUGCGUAA